AUGAAGUCUGGUGGUGGAAUUUCCCUGACAGAGGAUGGCUUUGAGCAUCAGUAUAACGGUGAGGGAGUCACUGAGAAGUGGUCAUCCGGUCAUCGUAGGCAGAUUGCGGAGUGGCGAAACCUCAACACAAAACGGUAUGGGUACCGUGCGACAUACCAGGAAGCCGUUGCUCAAAAGGAUGAAGUACCCCCGGAGUACUUGCGUAAACUGGUGAAGGAUAACGGUGAUUUAAGUGGUAAACGCUUCAAUGCCGAGCGGAAGCUGUGUGUCGCUUUGCUGAGGUACAUGCCUCUGGCAUUGUACAAACUGCUAGAAAACAUGCCAAUGCCGUGGGAAGAGGCUCGAUACGUCAACGUCGUGUAUCACAUGAGAGGUGUGCUUACGCUUGUUGAGGACACGCCAACGGCACCCGAGCCACUCUACCUAGCUCAGUGGGGCUCGAUAUGGACUAAAAUGCGUUCACACAAAGUUGAACUGCAGCAGGAAUGUGGUACUUUUCGUCGGGUGAUAAGCAAAGGCAACGAGAAUGAACCUCCAAUAGACUUCAGUGACUACAUUAUGGACAGGGAGCCGCCACCGGCAUUGUACGACGAUCUGGACGAGGAAGAUGCUGCGGCGGUGCUGGACUGGUUCUACGACCCCUUUCCACGGCUUGUCCACCCAAACCAAAUUCGCGGGUCCCGGCGUCCCAAUGGUUACUAUUUUACCAUCGAUGUGAUAGAAACCCUGUUCCGGAACGCUAUUCCCAUUCUUCCCAAUUUGGACGACCGGAAUUAUUAUUAUCUGUGGGACUUGAAGUCAUUUUACGCGGCAAAGGCGAUGCAUAUAGCGAUUCCUAGGGCACCCAAAUUUGAGGCACCCUCGACGAUACAAGAAGAAGAAGGUGAAUGGACAGAAUUUAACGAUCUUCGGCGUGUUAUCCACCGGGAUGAUCCUCGGAAACCGCGCUUCACUAUGCUUACUGAGCGGCAAAUCGCAUUCCCUUUUUUGUAUAGUGAUGUGGUGGAUGGAGUAACUGUUGCACCCUAUCGCUACCCAGCGCAGAUACGUGUGGAGAAUGAGGACCCCGCCGUUCCGUGCUUCUCCUGGAAUCCUUCCCUCAAUCCUAUUAAGGCAAUACAAAAGAGGCAUUCAGAUCCUGUGGGGUCAUCCUCGGUAGCCUUAUGCUCAGCCGCGUUGCGAAAGUCCCAGUGGCUCGGGGAUGAAGAACCCGAGGACGGGUGCCAACCCAUGAGUCUGAUGGAAAACUUCUCCCCCUUUUUCCAGGAGCUUCCGUUGGAGAAUGUUGACACGAAGUCUGCCAUGUUGCUGGCGUUUGCACCUGGCCCGUUUAACGAAUUCGAAGGUGGUAUGAAGCGUCGCGUGGACAUUCCUGUGGCGGAACACUGGUGCCGGGAUCCCCCAUCCCUACUUACAAAUGAUACGCGGGAUAAAAUUUUAAGGAGCUAUACACAACUGUUGAAGCACCAUGUUGCCAAAAACCUCAGGCGGGACCGACAGAAGGAGCGACCUAAAGAAGAAGGUGGUAACCAAGAUGAGGGGGGACAACCGGUCCGACGUUUGGACGAGUUAGCAAAUUUGGAUUUCUUUCACAAAACCAAAAUUGAUUGGCUGGAAGCUGGUCUCCAGGUUAUGCGGCAAGGCCACAACAUGUUGGUGCAGCUUAUUAAUGUUAAAAGCCUCCCGUAUGUUCACAUAAACUACAACUUUGAGGCAAAACCAACGCGGACACUGACGACUAAAGAGAUUAAAAAAAGCCGCUUAGGGCCUGCGUUUCACCUCAUCCGUGAGCUUCUGGGUUUUAUGAAACAACUUAUUGACAUGCAUACUAUGUACCGACUGGGGAAAAAUGAUUCUAUUCAACUCGCCGAUGCAAUUCAGUACCUUUUUUCACAUUUGGGUCGUCUCACAGGCGUGUACAGGUAUAAACUUCGGGCAAUGAGGCAAAUCAAGAGAUCGCGGGACUUAAAACACGUUCUGUACAGCAAGUUUAACGUCGGUGAGGUGCUUCGAGGCCCGGGAUGUGGGUUCUGGGCGCCAUCAUGGAGGGUGUGGGUUUUUUUUCUUCGUGGAAUGACACCUCUGUUGCAAAGGUAUCUUGGGAACCUAACUGAUCGCGUACUCCGGGGUCGUGAGGCUAAGGGAAAACAUGAUGGGAAGCGCAUCACCCGCCAACGCGUGGAGACAGAUAAGGAUGUGAAUAUAAAGGAGGCGUUCCGGCGGGAGCUGCGGGAGAUGCUCCCACCAGACGUGCGAACGGAAGUAAUCCGUACAAUGGAUCAACACAUGAAUGAAGCCUUCCGUCACUGGCGUGCCGGGCUCCGCUGGUCGGUACCAGGACUGGCAAAGCCUCUUACGGAUUUGGUGAACAAAUACGUGAAACUCCGGGCAGAAGAAUACGUUCGCGUCACACAGUAUCAACGGAAGCGGAUAAACGAAGGUGACACAGUGGAUAAGCAGGCUUUCAUGAAGAACCUUGGGCGCCUCACGCGUUUGAAGCUCAUGGAGGAGCAGAAUCGCCAACGGUCCUACAUGGAGGGAACGGACACGGAUAUUAUAACCCCUGAGCAAGCGACGGAGAUUUAUCGCAUGAUGGCUAACUGGCUUAGCGACCGCGGCUUCAAGAAAAUCAGCUUCCCUAAAGCGUCGAGACCUGCUGAACUACGCCUUCUGGAGCUCGCGCUCAAUCGUCUUCGUGACCAACACAAUAUCGCAAACCGUCUUACUCAGGCACAGCGGGAGGAACAAGCCCGAAUUGAGGAGGCAUUUAAUUCGCCCCAUGAAACACUUUCGAAGAUAGUGGACUGCCUUGCCCGCGUUCGCAGGUUUAAGAACGUCGAGGUGGAGUACAUGGAUACUUUUUCGAGUCUGUACCCCAUCUAUAACGUUGUUCCCUCCGAGAAGCUCGUGGACUCCUUUCUGGACCAGUACCUGUGGUACGAAGCUAUGGACCAGCAGCGGCUGUUUCCUAAUUGGGUGAAGCCAUCUGAUCUGGAACCGGUGCCUAUUCUCGUCUACAAAUGGUGUCAAGGUAUCAACGACAGCCCUGGUAUUUGGGAUUUUGAUCGGGAUGAGUCUGUCGUGCUGUUACACGCAAAAUUGGAGGAUGAUUUUUACGGAAACAUUGAUUGGAACCUGUUCCGGCCUCUACUGGAGCUUAUAAUGGAUAAGUCAUUGGCGGAAUACAUCGUCAGUCGCCAUGAUGUUGUAGUGGAGUUUAAGGAUAUGGCUUAUCAUUGUCGCAAGGGGAUGUUACGAGGUUUUAUGUUUUCAUCGUUUCUGGCUCAGUAUUGGGGUCUUGUCAUUGACGUGCUUUUACUCGGUACACAAAGAAGCCAAGAAAUUGCUGGACCGGCGAGGCGCCCCAAUCCGUUUAUGUCGUGGAUGCGAGAUCCCUUACUCGCCACAUCUCACCCUAUUCGUGGAUACUGUCGUUACAAGAAUGAAGUAUAUGUGCUGUUAAAAUACACCAAGGUUGAAGCUGAUGAUGUGCGACACCGGUACCUAGAAGAAACUAAAAAUGACCCCCAGAAGCGUGCCGAAAACGCUUCCGUUUAUGGUUUCAAGAACUUCAAGCAGUGGCCGCGGGACGCUCGGAUGCGUCUCUUCCUUAAUGAUGUGAAUCUCGCACGAGCAGUUAUAUGGGAGUUCCGUGGCCGGCUACCACCGGGCAUUGCAGAUAUUAAUGAAUCUAAUGCUCUAGCAAGCGUCUAUUCAAAAGACAAUCCGAAUUUGUUGUUUGAUAUGGGAGGGUUCUCUGUACGCAUUCUGCCCGUGGUCCGUACCGAAGAUGAGGUGCUAGAGAACGAAUCCACGUGGAACCUACAGAAUACUACGACGAGAGAUGUCACGGCGCGUGCUUUCCUUCAGGUAUCUCCAGAUGAUGUCAAUAACAUACGUAACAAGGCGCGACGGGCCAUAAUGAUGGUUGGAAGUUCAACGUUUCAAAGCAUUGCGGCGAAGUGGAAUGCACUCGUCACAGAAAUUGUUCCAUACUACCGUGAGGCUAUACUGGGAACAGACUCCCUUCAACAGGUCCUAGCUCGCGCUGAACAUCGAAUGCAAUCGAGAAUUAUGAUGGCUCUUAACUCCCGAGCAAAGGCUCGCUUCCCACCGGUCAUAUUUUACGCACCUACUGACCUCGGUGGACUUGGUAUGUUAUCUGUGGGCCAUUCGCUGAUUCCUGCACGUGACCUCGUCUACUCCAAGUCAACAAGUACGGGUGUGCAAUUCUUCUAUUCAGGACUUACAAACGCCGACAACAUUCCUAUUCCCAAUAUUUUGCAGUACUAUACCCCGUGGGAAACGGAGGUACGGGAGAGCGUUAAGGCGUGGACAGAGUUCAACAUGCGGGAUCGUGAAGCCAAAGCUGCCGGAACGCGGCUCUCAAUUGACGAUAUAGAGCAUAUCAUCAACAAAGGCGUCCCGCGAAUUCGGGUUUUGUUUUCGCGUCACGCAAAGCUUUUCCAGUUUGACAAAGGAUUUCGGUGUCGUAUGGAGUUCCAACGUUACCUUGCAGGGAAGUACUUGAAGAAUUGGUGGUUCCACCAAGAGCACGAUGGCAACAUUUGUGGGGGUGUACUGGAGAGGUAUCGUGUCGACACAAACAUCGCACUUGGUGGUGUGGAGGCCAUUCUUGAGCAUAGUCUAUUUAGGGGGACGGGUUUCCCAUCCUGGGAGGGUAUUGAGUUUAACCGCGCUGGAGGUUUUGAAAACUCCAAAAAGGAUAGCAAGUUGGCCAAACAGCAGCGUGCCGGUUUGGCAAAUGUUCCUAACAGGCGCUUUGCGCUGUGGUGGUGUCCGACAAUCAAUAGGUCGGACGUCCAAGCCGGGUUUGAGACGAAAAUUGAUACCACCGGAGUGUUUAUGUGCGGCAAGCUUGAAACGAUUAAGAAGUCGCUCAUUAAGAUUUUCAGCGGUUCCCUAUGGGAAAAGUGUCAUGGGGCAGUAGUGAAUGACAUCGCAAGCAAGUUGAAGGACAUGAUGGUGGAAUUAGAUGCGGCAUCCGUCACAUUGCAGCAGCAGCACCCGCAAAAAUCUUACACGUACACAAGUUCUGCACCCGACAUUGUCAUGGCGUCAACGUCACGCUGGCCUGUUACAUCGAAGCCGACGGUUCUUUCUGACGAAACUGGUGACGAAUAUAGGGCUCACACGACAAGCAAGUACUGGAUUGACGUCCAACUGCGUUGGGGUAAUUACGACAGUCACAAUAUCGCGGAGUAUACAAGAAGUAGAUUUUACGAAUAUUCUUCUGCCAAAAUGUAUCCUUUCCCUGCUGGUAUUGUCGUGGCCAUCGAUUUAGCCUACAACUGUCAUUCAGCAUUCGGUUAUUGGGUACCUCGACUCAAACCGCUGAUGAUGAAACUUAUGACAGCCAUUAUACGACACAAUAUAGCACUCAAUACUCUGCGUGAGCGUAUGAAGCGCGACCUUCAGCUUUUUAGCUCGGCCCCAACGGAGGCCGGGUUGUCGGUGACAAACAUUGCGGAGUUAUUCUCGGAAGGAAUGCGCACUUGGAUCGUUGAUGACAGCGCUACAUAUGUCACAAGUGAACAACCCACUGCUGAGGGUGGCAGGAAGUUUAGGUCUGAAAAUGGUGCCGUACUUAUUUUUGAACCGGCAACAGGGAACCUGAAACUCAGCAUUGUUCACAAAAGUGUUUUUGCUGGUCAGAAGCGGCGCACAAAGCUUGCUCGUGAGAAGGCAGCAGAGGAGAUUGCCUCCUGGCUACGCAGUGUGCCCGCGAGUCAGCGACCCGGGAAACUCAUUGUGACUCGAAGUCGUUUCCGACAAACUCUCCACAAUAUGCUUAUACUGGAUUACCCAAACAUAAUUAUUGGACAGAGUGAUCUAAACCUUGCGGUCCCAAUGGUCCUGCGGCACAGUCGCUUGGCCGAUCUGCGGAUUUCGGCCACGGAAAGUAAGGGGUGGGAAUUCUGCCUUUAUGAUGACUGGCUGCGGCAGUUUCAACCUGCAACAUGCUUUAAUUUACUAAAUCUCAUACUGCGUGGAUACCACGUGAAUCUCAGUCGCACGCGUCAGACGCUCGAGCCAGACCUUCAUGUAGAAGUCCACCACUCACAUUUUUGGCCCACCUACACUCGGGAGGAGUGGGAGGCUGUGUCUGUGCGUCUGCAGGAGAUGAUAAUUGCCGACGCGGCCCGUCGGAUGAAUGUCAGUCCGAACCAGUUCACCGAGAUGGAAAAAAAGGACAUUCUUCUUGGCAAGAAGAUGACCACGGUUGAGAUUCAAGAGGAAGAGAUGAAGGAAUUGGAGGAGAUGAAGCGCACUAAGUUGGUGCAAGAACACACAAUUGAUGUGGUAACGAAGUCGGGCGAAACAGCUAAAAAGAGGGUCAAAGCGGCAUUCGACUUCGGUAAUUCGACAUCCGCGAGCAACUGGCGGGCACGCUCACUUGCUAAUGCUACUGUGUUCGGUGAAGGUACCACUGUUGAGAUUGAUCACUCUGGUGUGACGGGAAGCAGCGACCAACUUAUAUUUCCUCAGGAGCUGUUGAAAAUUUUGUUUCCGUGCUUUGAUGUUCAAGCCCAGUUCUGUGCGUACCUUUUUGGGCAGACUCUUCCUGAUUCCCCCAAUGUUAAGGAGGUGUUGUGCAUUAUGGUGCCCCCUCAAAAGAGUUCUGCUGUUGAGUACACGACACCGUCAUGUAUUCCUCAUGACCACCCCACCUUGACCGAGAAUCAUCUUUCCCUUCUUGGUGUCCUUCGUUGCAGUGGCGGGGAACCUUCAAUUCACUCCAGAGAUGUUGCCAUCCACGGCAGACUACUGGCGUGCAAUGAGGGGCUGCAAACGGAGGGACUCACAACAGUUGUCGUCGGGGUUUCGCAGGAUGGGAUUGGUAUCCGCUGUUACACUACCACGCGUGAGGGAAUAUCGUGGGCUCUCGAAGAAUAUUCCCAUGCACUUCAACGCGAGCCCACGGAAGUGCCACCGUUGCAUGUAAUUCCGGCUCGUGUGACACUGUCGACGGAGCUUCAGGGCUUUUUUCUUGUACCAACAGACAAUGGAUGGAAUCAUACCUUCAGAGGGGCAACGUGGCGUGAAGACACGACGUUUGAUGUGCGUGUGGACACUCCACAAUUUUUCUUUUUUGCAACACACCGUCCAGACCACUUUCUGAAUUUUGCCCGAUUAACGGAAGAAGAAGCAACAAUUGAUAUGGCAGAUCUUGAGAACCUGAUGGCGUAG